AUGACGGAGGAAGUGAUGUACUUAGCCGUGGGUCGUAAUACUUCGAGGGACGUAUGGCAAUCCAUCACUGCUGCCCUCGGUUCUUCAACGCGCGCGAGGUGUUUAAAUCUGCUCGGCCAGUUCCAAGCAUUACGGCAGGGGAACAGCUCGCCGGCAGAGUACUUGGGCCGGGCGCAACUCCUCGUGGAAGAUCUCGCGCUCGCCGGCCGUCCGGUCUCCUUAGACGAGCAGAACCUGUUUGUUUUCCGGGGUCUUCGCCCGGAAUUUAGAGCAAUGGCCGCCUCCUUGACAGUGUCCGGCAACCCGAUCACCAUACCACAGCUGUCCGAUUUUCUGCAAGCGCAAGAAUUUAUUCUUGCGGAUGACUUCUCGGUGCCGGGUAAUGGUGCUGCUCUAGAUUCGCACGCUGGUUUCUACGCUGGUCGAGGCCGAAACCAAAACAGCGAUGGUAAUUCGCGAGGUGGACGCGGCCGUGGAGGUCGGGGCGGCAAUGGGCGUGGCGGUCGCAAUGGCCGUGGAAAUCCUCCGAGGUGCCAAAUUUGUCGCGCCAUCGGACACACUGCAGUGUAUUGUUUUAAGCGCUACAAUACCUAG